AGCUGUACAGGAAUUACAGCAAUCGAGAAAGGGUGAGCAACCAUCGCAAAACAACCGAUGGUGAAAGAUCUUCGAAUGCAUUGUUCCGUCGCACCGUUGCCGAAACACCCCAACAGCAAACCACACGACGCGACACGACACGACACGACACGACACGAAUGGAAACGGCCAGCACCCCGCAAAUCUAAAUCUCCCAUCCCCAUCCCCACGACAAGGACGAGGACAACGACACACCAUGAGCGACGACCAGCAGCACCGGCAACCCGACCGUUCCUCCCCCGAGAAAGCCGUCCUCACGAUCCCCGGAGACCUCUCCUUCGAUCCCCCCGCCGGGCGCCGAACCGCGGCCCGCUCCUCGGCUCCCGGGUACGACAUCUUUCUGAACGAGGACUGGGAUUCGGGGAUCGGCGGCGGCCUGUGGACGACGGGGCUUGCCCUGGCGGAGUACGUCUCGUCCCCGCAUUUUUUGCGGCAGGCCGAGCGGCUGAAGGCGCAGGGGGCCUCGAGGGGGAGCAGCGAGAACCAGGGCAGCGAAAGCAAAAGCAAAGGCAGCCCCCCGCUGAGGGUCCUGGAGCUGGGGUCCGGGAACGGCUUUCUGGGCGUCUGCCUGGUGACGGCGGUGGCGGUGGCGGAGGCCAACAAGAUCGCGGGCAACGACGACAAUUUCUUUGACGAAACCAAAACCGGGGACGGGCACACCGGCACCACCACCACCACCACCACCGGUGACGACGACCAACAACAACAACAACAACAACAACAACAACAGCCACCCACCGAUGGGGCUCUCGCCGUUCCCUCGAACUGGCCGGGGAUCGAGGUCGUGGUGACGGACACGGCAGAGCACACGGACCUCAUGAAGGCGACGAUCGAGUCGAACCUGGAGCGGAUCCUCCCGCAGAUCCUGCGCGAUCGCACCGCAAAACGGGCCGGGGGGGAAAGCCCGAGAGCGGACCCCKWGGUCGGUCUCGACCUCGAUCGAAUCGCCCCUGUCCGGGAGUACCUCUGGGGCGAGCCCUACGAUUUCGGAACAAUGGGGGACGGUGCCCCUCCUCCGUCUUCCUUCGACCUGAUCGUCGGCAGCGACGUGGCCUACCGGGACCACCUGCACGACCCCCUCAUCGCCGCCCUGGACGAGUUCUCCCGGCCGGCUUGGGAGUCGCCCCCGACCGUGGCGCUGAUCGGCGUGACGAUGGACGACACCAAGCCGGUCUUUUUCGAAAAGCUCGRAAGGGCGGGCUUCUCCUACGAGAGGCUUUCCGACCGGCUCUUCGGGAGGGCCUUUGCCACCUGCUCCCGCCAGUUUGCGGUUUUUGCGGUGUCGAGGGCGGCCUAGGUCGGAAGGGCGAACGAGGGGAUGCCACGCCACGCCGCGAUCCAUCCAAUCCGUGCCCCGUCCAGUGCAUCGAAGGAGCGAGCUGGGAUGGGGUGUGCGAUGGAAACGAAUCAGAAUCAGAACGAAACGAAACGAAACGAAACGAAACGAAACGAAACGAAACGAAACGAAACGAACCGGACCGGACCCGGCCGAAACACACACCGGGCUACUCGCAUUGUAGCAAACACCGCGAAUCAAUCAUCCGACGAGGGCGUUCCCGAAACGCAGCACCGAGCCGAGCCUGCCAAACAAAACAUAGCAAAUCGA